AUGACAGCCUUUCUUUCCAAGUCCUACCCAAAGCCAGACCUGGGGACUCUUGCCUGUGCAAGGCUGGGCUUGGCAGCAUCACGGUUUUCAAGCUGUGCCUGUGAUGAGGACCUUGUCCUCCUUUCCCUGGGCACCAGGCCAGGUCCCUCCCUGAAGCAGCCCUUAGUGCCAGCACUGGACAAGGUUACAUCUUCGGAUACACAACUUCAGAUCCGCUCGGAUAUAGGCCAGAUUGAAAGGCGGGUCACGGUGGGACCCUCGCCCUUCACUCCAGGCUCCACCGCGCUCCUGGAGCUUCCGUUGGCCCCAGAGGUCCCGGCGGGGGGUUGCCCCGACCCGGGGGAGGAGCCCACUGAGCCUGGGCCUCUGAGCGGAGCUCCAGCUCCAGCUCUGCGGAGGAGACGCGGGCUCACCUCCCUACCUGCCGCCCCGGCCACCGCAAACCUGGCGGGUGGAGGGUGGGGAAACCUGGCCCUGGCGUCUGCCCACAGUACCGGCUUCGCUCACGGGUGGCUGACCUGUCCGUUGUAUCCACUCUCGGAGUUUAUGCCUUGGGUAGAAAAAUGCCCCUUUCCUAACGAUGAAGGAGAGUCCACAAAGAUCAGCCGGCUAGAUCAGCUCCUCCGCCUUACUCUUCCGAGGCCCCUGUCCUGGGGACGGACAAAUGGAGUCUGGGGACCUCUCCGUGGGCUGGAUCCAAUCUCCGAUGCUGCUGCAGCGCCAAAAUCUCGACACAUUCACAACACGAUGCUAGAGACGGGCAGUCACUUCAGGAAAGGGACAGAGAGGGCAGGAGGGGAUGGACGAAAGCAAAGACCCCUGACCGUGACUGCGGGAACUCUGCCAGGCCCUUAGAAACCGGCGGCGGGCCCCGCCCCUGCGACCGGGAGCCCCGCAAGCUGGGCCCGCCGCCAACCGCGUUUCCAGCCGCUACGGCGCCGACCCCUCCUCCGUUCUCCGCAACGGGGCGCACAGCUAGCCCACCCACCCUGGGGGGCGCAUGGAAACCGCGUGGUCUCUGGGCGGCUCGGAGGUCUCAUCUCGAUCGCGGUCCCUCCAGGAGCCGCCCCGGUCCAGAGAAGGAUAGGAUGUGGACUCCCCAAGGGAGGACUGCAGGAAGAUGGAACGGGAUUUCUUCACCUGCUCUUCAUCGCCUAAGUGGGCCUAGACUCUAACUGGCUGUCCCUUCCGUGUCAUCGCCACGGUCCCCAUGUGCACCCCGUUUGUCCUCCCCUCUUCCUGCCCUAUGUCGCCUCCCCCCACUCCACCUCCUUUCGUGACCACUGGCCGGGUUGACCCUGCGGGGCCCGCGCUCUUCACCCACAGGCCAGCCUGUCCUCCUCUCCCUGUGUGCAUCCCAACACCUCCCAGCUUGGCCUGGAGCAUGUAUUAGGUUGGUGCAAAAGUAAUUGCUGUUUUGCAAUUUUUUUAAUGGCAAAACCGCAAUUACUUUUGCACCACCUAUAAAUAGGGGGAAUGGGCAAGAAAAGCCUUAGAGAAGGGGCCAAGAGCCAACCACCUAGCUGGCCAGGAGUAUGGGUUUGCCAUAGGCAUGAGAUGUAUUGAAGCAGAAAAGGAAGAAAAAAGAUUAAGGAGACAAAUUGUUCGUGAUAAGGGGUUUCCUGAUAAACUCAGAAACAGCAACUACCAGUUACGGGGCACUUAAACUGACACUAUCUCAUUAAUCCUCACAACGGUCCUGUGCAGGUGGUGGUUUUUUUUUUUUACCAUCCUACAUGCCAGAGCUGCACUUGGUAUGUAACAAAGGCAGCAUUUAAACCCUGGCCUGCUCAUACCAGAGCGAGGGCAUCUAACUGCACCCACAAAGGACAAUGGAGGAAGACUGUGUCAUUGUAAUAUGAGCAAAUGGGGAAAAGACAAAACAAAUGCUUUUAUUAUGCCCAGGUUGUAAAUUUAUAAACAUGAAUGAAAUACAUAUACAAGAGGCUAA